AUGUCCAAUACAGACUUUUCUAUAUGCGAAGACUGUUUAGGCGGUCAGACCCGACUUACCAGAUCUUUCAACGGCGCAGAAUGCAAAAUAUGCACCCUUCCCUUUACCGUUUACCACUUUAAGGCCAACUCUAAGGUCAACAGAACUCUUAUAUGUCAUAACUGCUCCAAACAACGAAACGUGUGCCAGUGCUGUAUGCUCGACUUGCAGUGGCACAUCCCGGUAGAACUGCGAGACCGAAUAUUAUCUACAGUGCAGGGAUCGCAAGUGGCCACACAGGAAGCCCAAAACGAAAUGAUGAAAAGAUUCAUUGCUCUGAAAAACGGGGAUACUUACAAGGUGGGCGGUGCAUCUGUGACCAGCGAUUCUGUGGCCACUGCUGAUGCAGUAGAAAGCAUACGAAAGACCGUUGGGCGAUUACAAAAAUCGCAGGAAAAUCGCGACUCAGCCAAAGCACGGGUGACCCCAGCAUCGGUUAGCACCGCAGAUGUUUCGCAUUUGACCAAAAAACUGCCACUUAAGGGCACUUUGAGCUCGGCACAGUCUUUUUUCAUAUACAAUUUGGACCCUUCCAUUCCGGAAUGGGCGAUAGUGGACGCCGUCUCGGAACUCGUUGGCACCGUAGCCUGGCAAGACCCCACGUCCACAUCAGUAACUAUCAACCAUAUGGCUCGGUGCGGGGGAAUAAGGUUCAAAUCUGUGGAAAUUGCGGAAAAGUUUAGACUCGGGCUUCAAAGCUUCGUAACGCCGGCGAAAACCACGAAGGGGAAACUACAGGUGCAGAAUUCUAAGCUACACAUUGUUGCUUGGCCACAAUACCAUCGUGCUGCGUUGGGUAUCAAGAACGCAGAAUGUUCGAAACUAGCUCAAAUACUGGACAAACAGGUUCAAAGCGAUCUGGCCACCGCAGACGUUGCGAAAAGUGCGCCAAAACCGGCUAAGAUUCGUAAGUCAAGUAAGGCCAGUGAAUCUAAGAAGAGCAAAAGAACCAAGCGGAUCAUGGACAUCGAACUAUGA